AGAGGAGGUUGGGUAGAGGAGGAAGGAGGUAAAUAACCCAUCCACAGAGGCACAAAGGAGAGCGACGGAGGCCUCCGGGACAGGAGAGGAGGAGGAGGGCCCCCCGCCCACCGCCCGCCGCCCGCGUCCCUCCACCACCGUCUGUCCACGCGGAGCUCGCAAAACCCCACUCCCACUGCGUCGGCUGCGCAACCCCCACCGCGCCGAUCGCGCCGAACCCUAGCGUCGCCGUCGCCGCCUCCGCCACCGCAAUCCGGCCGCGGGGCCGCAUUCCCCGCCGUGCUUGCUCCCCGGAGGGAGGCGAAAUGGCAAGCAAUCCAGGGGGAUCAUUGAUAGAUGGAGCAGCUGGGAGCAACACGACAAGCGGAAACGGCAGCCGGAAUGCUAUAAAUGGUUCGCACUUGAGGUCACGCCAACUGUCCAGCUUGCCCCCUGUGAGGAGGUCAAGUCGGAGAACUCCGAACCGUUACAGGGGAUAUCCUCCCACGACUUUGGGCGGUGAGGCAUCGGGCUGUCAUGAGAAGAAGCGAAAGGCAUUAAUGGAGGAAGCACCCCACGGAAUUCCAGAGGCAGUCAAGGUCAGUGGCUCAGCUCCUCUGACGCCGAGAGAUCCAAACAGAACUUACAGCUCCAAGGACGGUGCAAAAGGCCGAUCGAGUGAGCACGCCAUGGUUGGGAGUGCUAGGAGUUCAACGAAGAAGCGAAAAUGUAUGCCUGUGAACAACUACUUGUCAGAAUUCACGCCGUGCAGCAAGGGUGUUGCCACAGCUGUAGUUACUAGAUCGGAGCAAUCAUCUAUUCCCACAAAAACAAACAAGGUUAAGGAAAGUCCAUUUCAGAAGCUUCAGAGAUUGCCAGAUGGGUGCCAUCCUGAUUUUGACAAUGAUCAUUUGUGUUCUGUUAAUAAACUCCGUGAGUUCUGGCACAAGUCUCAAGGUGCUGUGUUUGUUGAUGAUAAGGAGCAUGUAAUGAAGGCCAUCUUAUUCGUAUUGUCAGUUUUACCUGAUGCGUGCCAACCUUUUCUACUCCUCACAAAUACUUCGCUACCCUUAUGGGAGGCUGAGUUCAGUCGCUUUGCACCAUGUAUCAACAUUAUCGUGUAUGACGGGGAGAAAGAUGUGCACAAACUAGUUCAGAAUCCGGAAUUCCAUGAGAACGGAAGACACACAAUGUUACAUGUACUCCUAGCUCACCCUGAUGCUAUCUUAGAGAACAUUAAAAAUUUAGAGUGCAUUGGUUGGGAGGCAGUUAUUGUUGACUAUUGUCAAAGCUCAGUUCUGAAACACCUCAAACAACUCAAGCAACUUCCAACAGAUUUUCGGGUGGUGCUUUUGAGCUCUCCACUGAAGGAUAAUCUUCUCGAAUACGAGAACCUGCUAGCUUUCCUUAACUCGGAACAAAAAGAUAAUGGAGCUUAUGUUGAUGCUGAUGCCCUUGCUGUGUUGAGAGCAAGGUUUACACGCCAUAUUGCAUAUGAGCGAAAAGCGGGUUCUUCAAAAUUUUUGGAGUACUGGGUUCCUGUUUACCUUUCACAAGUGCAGCUAGAACUCUAUUCUUCUAUGUUGCGUGCAAACUCAUCUAUCCUGCAGUCACAAACGGCAACUGACAGCGUUGGAGCUCUUCGUGAUAUUGUUAUGUGUCUUUGGAAGUGCUGCAAUCACCCUUGCCCCGUUGGCCUACAACAUUCACUUGCCAACACUUGUGAUAUAACUGAAUCCACAGAUGGUAGAAUGCACAAGAGUGGUAAAUUACUGCUGCUUGAAAAAAUGAUUAAAGAGAUCAGGAAGAAGAGAUUAAGAGUCAUUGUUCUUUUUCAAUCUGAUGGAGCAGUUGGAGAGGGUAUGGGUAAUAUCUUGGAAGAAUUUGUACACCAAAAAUUUGGCCGUGAGUCAUACGAACAUGUUCAAAACCGUUCAGCAUUUUCAGUGAAACAAGAAGCAAUGAGUAUGUUCAAUGACACAACCAAAGGGCGAUUUGUUUUUCUGAUUGAUAGCCGUGCAUGCCACUCCAGCAUAAACCUUUCAUCUGUUGAUACCAUUAUAAUUUAUGGUAGUGACCUGAAUCCAUUAAAUGAUCUAAAGGCUCUUCGAAAGAUCAAAAUAGAGUCACAACUGAAGUAUGUGCGCAUUUUCCGCUUAUAUACUCCUUUCACAGUGGAGGAAAAGGGUCUUGUGCUUGCAAAGCAAAGCAUGAUUAUUGAUAGAAACGGCCAAGAUAUAUUGCCUAGUUUAAGCCAUUGCUUGCUAAGCUGGGGUAUAUCAUUCCUCUUCAACAGAGUUGACAACCUUCAGCAAGAUAACUGUGCUAGUAAAAGUUAUGAAAGGAACACAGUAUUAAUGAUGGAUAAAGUACUUUUGGAAUUCUUAGCAGAACUGUCCACAGAUAUUGAAGAUAGCUGCAAAAUAAAUAGUGCAAUCAUAUCAAGAGCUUGUAUGAGUGGUGAGUUUUAUUCAAGAAACAUUACUCUGAUAGGUGAGAGAGAGGGAGUGUCUUCACUGGAUGGAGAUCCACCUAAAUUCUGGUUAAAGUUGCUUAAUGGGAAUUCCCGUUGUCAGCGCAAUGAACCAAUCAAAGUUCCCACUGAAGAAACUAACGAAGCCAGAAAAAAGCUUAGCAAAACAGGUGAAAUUGCAGGUUCAUCUUCAAAAUUUUCAUCAGAUGUGACCAAUAAUAACCUGUUUCAUGAAACUGGUACCCCAUCCAGUGCUGAUGUUCAUCUACUUCCUGAAGCAGGGACGGAAAACAUGAGGACGCCUAAAAGUUAUCAUGCUGAACUUAAGCACGAGUUAUCAAGGCUCAUUAAGGUGUUAAAACUACCGGAUAAUGUAUGCUUCAAGGCCAAGCAGCUCCUUGAGUAUUGUUUAAAAAAUUAUCUAGUAGUGCGGGAGCCACAGUGCAUACUACAUGCGUUCAACAUAGCCUUGUGUUGGCGUGCUGCUUCUCUCCUGAAAUAUUCCAAGUUGGAUCAUCGAGAAUCACUUGCCCUUGCUGCAGACUGCUUGAACUAUGAAUACAAUGUGGAACAAAUAAGAUUUUUCUAUAAAAGAUUACGAGUCCUAGGUGGGAGAAGGAACAAAAUACAGAAUCAUAGAUUUUCCCCACAUGAGAGCUCAUCUGUUACCUUGAGAAGUGACCACAUUUCUCCGAAGCAGGCAAUGGAUCUUCAUGGUAACUUCACAGAUGGCACUCAAGAGAGCCUGUCUGCCGCUGAGCAGAUGGUUUCAGAUGGGCAAGAGUUGGUAUCUUCCCCAAAAGCCAACAGGGAAUGUCAUUUGUCAAGUGAAGAACCCCCUGGUACGACCGCAACCAAAAUAAUAGAUUUAUUUAACAACAUUUUCUCCUUAAGGGGGAAGAAUAUCCUUGAGAAACAACAACUUGAGAUAUUGAAGUUGACAAGCCAGAGAGACAAUCAAGUUAUGAGACUGAAGGAGGUAUGCCAUGCAGUUGUUCAUCACAUUCGGAGAAGUGACAUUGAUGAAGAGAUCAGAAAGGACCAAAUAAAGCUAGUGAUUAAAUGGUUCACUAUGCUUAUGCUUGCAUUUUUUGUGCACAUGAAGCUCCAGCUUGCCGAACUUGAUGCAUCGCAAUCUACAACAUGGGUUAAAGAGCAAAUGAUGAAGGAAAAACUCAAACAGGAAGUAUUAUUAUCAGGCCAAUUAGAUAAAUUCCUUGAUCUCUGCAAUACUAUACCAGAUUCCGAUUUCGUCAUUGAGGAAUUUAUCCAUUUUAAGAAACAAAUUGGUGAUAAUCAUGUUGAUAACAGUUCAGACUUGGACUGUGACCAGCUUUUGGAUGACAGAUUGAUGGAAGUUACUCUAGUACAAAAUUUAGUUCCAUCAGAGGCUUUUUCUACAUGUGCAGUGAGAAAUGAGCCAACAGAAGCUCAUAUGAUGUCUGGCGUGGGAGCAGCAUCAGAAUCUGUAGAUCUUCCAGAUGACAAUAUCCACUGUAGAUCUGAUGGAACUGAAUUACAAAGAGCCUGUUCUGCAAGUACUAUUCCUGCAAGUCAUGAUUCAAUAAAUCAGGAAUCGUCGACUGGUGAGGCCAGUGAACAUGCCAAGAGGGACAAUAUUGCUGAUCCAAGUGUGUUACCAGGAAUUGAGACUUCUCUUGUCAAAGGAAUUAAUGCAGAUGAUGAUGGUACUGCUGUGGCAGAUCCAGACCACUUAGAUUCCCCUAUCCUGACUUCUCCACGAAACCUCAUGACCCUGCAGCAUUCAUCUGCAGAAGCAGAACCAACUGAUCCAUUGCUUGCAAUUACAGGUCGGGAUCUGCAAACUGAGUUGCAAACAUCAUGCCCAACACUGGAUACUCAAAAUCAGAUGAUGUACCCUGAUGAUUCGAGUCAAAUGAAUCUUGAACAAGAUACAACAUCUGAAAUAUUGCAGGAAGGGAGAACGACUUCUGACCAUUUGGGUGAUUCCAGAAUGGGAUUUAAAGAUAAAAAUGUUGACACUGCUGCUGCAGAUCCAUUGAAUUCAGAAAACCAAUCUUAUAUUGCUCCACACAACACAACUGUCUCGCCAGAUGCUUGCGAAGCUGAAACUCAGAUUGAUCAGUCAAGUCUACCUGCCCAACAAAACUUAGUAAUUUCGGGACAACAACCAGCAGAAGCAGAACCAGAACCAUCAAGUAAUCUGGACACGGAUGCUGCCUGGAGUUUGCAGCCUGAUAUUCAACCAUCAAGCCUGAUGUUGGAUGCUGACAGCUCUCAAACAAGGUGUCAGCCAGAAACUUCACCUGUUUUGUCACAGGAAGGUAGUACAUAUCACCAUUUGGCUGAUGGCAGGAUGGAGUUUGAUGUAGAUAAUAAUGGUGCUGUUUGCACACAUCAAGCCCACUCAGAAUCACCAAGUUUUGCUACCCCACAAAGCACUAUGUUGCCAUUUUCUUCGGAGGUUGGAACUCAUGCUAAUCUAACAAGUACGUCUUGCCUGCAAAGCAGUGAUGCACCUUCAACGCCUCCAGCUGCGGUGGCAGAAUCCCCUGGUAUGUUGGGUGCACAGGUGGAACAGGAUUUGUAUCCUGAAAUGACACCAUCCACCUCAUUUUUGGGUGUUCCAGUUCAAAGGAUGCUCCUUGAUGACGGGAGUCAAACAUGCUGCCGACCAGAUAAAGCAACUGAUUUAUCAGAGGAAGGUGAAGCUGAAUAUCUAUCUUGUGCUACAUGUAAUCCGGCCACCUUACCAGUGUCUAGUGAAGCUGAAACUGAGAAUGGUCAAGCAAGUAUGCCUGCACAGGAAAUGAGAAGUCCCCAUGCACAACAUAGUUUAGCAAUUCUGCAGCUUCCAGUUGAUGAUAUGCAGCCACCAACCUCGAUCCUCCCGGAGGAAGAAGAAAGGGCUGGUAUGUUGUGCACCACAGCAGCUCGGGAUUUGCAACAUGGAACAGAACCGUCAGUCACUGCACAGGAUUUGCAGCCCGAAGUGCAGCCAUCAUCUCCAAUGCACGAUCAACCUGCAGAAGCAGAAGGAGCAGGUACAUCGGGGACUGCCAUUUCGGCUCAGAAUUUGCAAGUUGAAACACAAUCGGCAACCUCAGUUCAGCAUAUCCCACCUGAGAGAACACACCCUGAUGAGAGGAUUCAAAUAGGUCUUCAGCCAAACACAACAUUGAGCCCUGAGCAGCUCACCCAAUUCUUUACAGUGGCACCUGCAGCAUCUAACAGUUUUUUAUGUAGUUCUGAACCAAUGAUAAAUGAGUUGGGAAGACUGAACUACAUGAUUGAUAUGCUUAAUAAAGAGCAUGAAAAGAAGAAAUUACAACUUCAAACAGAGCGCAACCAAGAAAUGGAUAAGAUAAUGAAGAAAUAUGAGUUGUUACUUCAAAAGGAAAAGUGCAUGUAUGAUCGAUGGACCACAUUUUUUAAUGAUACUUACAGGAAAGUUUUUAUGCAGCACUCAUUAGCUGAGAAUUGGGAGAAAAAUAUGAAACCAACCCCAGCUCAAGAGAGAUCUGCGAGCCCCAGAAUUCGGCAGGUGGUUCGGCCAUCAGCAUUUGAGGCUGCCCAGCUGCAACAAGUCUUACCUGGAAAUCUUUAUAGAACAACGCCAUCACCUGUUGGUUCAAUGCCUGUGCGAAAUGGAAGCUUCAUAGCUGCUGGAACACAAUCACGUGGAUCUGUUCCUCUCCUCCAGCAAUCACGUGGAACACAGUCAUGGUCUGCUCUGGUUCGCGGAGAUCAACAACAACUUGGUGUUAUCAAUCCAGGAAUUACAUCGUCGAGACAGUACACCCCUGGUUUGUUGGAAAGUGCCCCAUUAACCUCCAUGGCAGCAGGCUCAGUUCACUUUCAGCAAGCAAUGCCAUCAGCAUCGAACUCAGUUCCAUGUUUCCCAGUAUCCUCACUGCUACCAGAUUCUGCCCCAGUGUCAAUGGCAAAUUUUGUGCAGUCUCCUAGCACAAUCCCAUUUGCCAUGGCAACCCAACAAGCACCGGGCCUGAUUCCAGGUUUGCAUCACAUGCCAGGUGGUCCACUGAAUGGCGUGGCGGGUAUUUGGCAAGCUGGAGGUCACCUAGCAGGUACCAACCAGGCUGCACCUGAACCUAGUGCAGAUGCGCUGCGGCUCUUACAACGACAGUGGGCCCACACCAUGGCACCACCAAGCUCAGUUCAGCAAACAGUGGCAGCAUCGGCAUCGAAUCCACAUCCAGGCCCUGUGGCGACCUCAACAAACCGGUAUCUCAGGGCAGUCCAGCAGGCACUGAUUUCGAAUCCGGCUCUAAGCAACGUGGCAGGUCAAGUGAACGCAGCAGGGGCAGGAGUUUGGCAGCACGGUGCAGCUCUCCCAGCAGUUGCCAGUCAGCCUACUGCUCCUGCACCGGCCUCGUCGAACGCGCAGCCGGGGGCCAGGACUGGGCCGCAGACUAGUGGCGCGGGGGCCCAGGGAGGGUCGGGUGAAGAAGUGGUGUGCCUAUCUGAUGACGAUUAGUAUUUAGGAGUAGCAGCAGUAGUAGUGUUGGCAUGGGUUGGAUUAGAGGUGCUGAUAUCUGAGCCGGCCGGCCCCUUUAGCAGCAUCCGUGGUAACCACCAAGGGAAUGGCGCUGGUGAGGGUAGUGCAUCAUCAGGCAUUUUGGGGCAGCACAGCAGAUGGUAAGUAGUACAGGUAGUGAACUUUGUAGAGCGGCGGAUUUGUUUGUUUGUGGUUGGACGGAUUCCUUGAUGCGGGACUGGAAUGCUUGUUGACUAGUAGUAUGUAUAGUGUGGUGUCGUGAGAUAUAGAAGCUGCUUACAGGUACUCAUCACUCUUGUUAAUCUAGUGCCCCCCAGUGGCUGUGGCUGUGUGAGGGAGAGUUUGCUGCUUGUGUUA